UCUCUCUCUCUCUCUCUCCCUACAGUCUGGCAUCUCGAUGGCGUCGCCUCAGGUGCAGCACCCCGACUCGGAGCUCGACCGAUCCCUAACCACUCUUGACAACUUCCUCGCCCUCCUCGGCUUCCGCCAGUGCAGCUGCCUCAGGGCCACGGUCUCCUGGGCCGCCUUUUCUCUGCUCGCCGUCGCCCUGCCCCUCUUCGCGCUCGAGCUGCUGAGGUGCACCGGCGGCUGCGACAAGUUCGAAAUCCAGACUUUCGAGCUCGACAUCCUCGUUUCCCGGGCGGUCACCGCCGCCAUUUCACUCCUCUGCGUCUCCCGGAAUCUGAGCAAGCACGGGAUACGCAAGGCCCUCUUCGUCAAUCGUUGCCACGGCCACGUCACUCAGUUCCGCAAACAGUAUCUUCACAAGAUCCGUGUUUUUUACUGCUUGCUGGCUUCAUGGUUCGGGGUUUGCUUUUUAUUGAAGGCAGCACGUGAGGUUACUCGGUUGGUUUAUAUGCAUCAUGGUCCUUUGUGGUUGUCCGUCACCUUGUUUUUCGUUUGUCUGUUGUCAUGGUCUUAUUCAACACUCGUCUUUCUAUCCGGAUGUGCUUUGUUUCAUUUGGUCGGAAAUUUGCAAAUAAUACACUUUGAGAAUUACGGGAAGCUUCUUGAGAGGGAUUUGGAUGUUUCGGCUUAUAUAGAGGAGCAUAUGAAUCUAUCCUAUGACUUGUCAAAAAUAAGUCACAGAUUCAGGAUAUUCCUUCUGCUGGAGUUCUUAGUCAUCACAGCUAGUCAGUUUAUGUCUUUACUGCAGACUACAGAGAAUCAGGGUAUCAUCAACUUCAUCAACGGAGGUGAUUUUGCGGUAUUGGAAAUCGAUAUUGUUAUUAAGUUCGUCGAACUUAAAUUUCCUGGACUUAUUGAUGUUGCUAUACCGAUGUUGAAUGCUCUUAGAUUACUAAUAAAUGAUCUGGGGCCUACUAAUUGUUUAACUUGUCAAGAUCCUUGUGUGCUAUCGAUCGUUCAAUUAGUGGGAAUAGUUCUCUGUCUUAAUGUGGCGGCAAAGAUAUCACAUAGAGCCCAGAGUCUUGGUUCAAUUGCUAGUAGAUGGCAUGCUUUGGUUACUUGCAAUUCUAAUGAGGAUUUGCGAUCUGCAGUUGUUGAAAAUUCUGGAAAUUCUGAAUUCUGCACGACUGCAGCUUCAUUAUCUGUAAAUUAUUCAGAGAGUGAUUUGGAGUCAGCUGAUUACAUGCCUCUGCCGGCAAAUGUGCAGCCAACCUCUUCUACAUCAUAUAAUAGGAGGCAAGCCUUUGUUGCGUAUGUGCAGUCGAAUACUGGUGGAUUCACAAUCUUUGGAUGGGUAAUUGAUCGGAUACUCAUUAAUACAAUCUUCUUUACUGAGCUAUCGCUUGUUUUCUUUGUUCUGGGGAAGACUGUCACAAUCACUGUCAGAUAAGUACUACGAACAAGUUUUCACCUGCUGCAGUAAUCCCAUCCUAAAAUCGUGCCAUUUAUGAUUCAGUAAUUUUAUCUUUACAUUCUCGCCUUCAUUUUUGAUAGCACAUACUUUAUAUACUGAGGAAAGAAGAUUUUGGUCCAUGCAAGAAUCAGAAAAAAUUUAGGGUUAAAAGCCAUUAAAUCAAUUUUCACAAAGUUGAACUAAUUAUCUUCACUGCUACAGCUGCAGAAAUUAUUUGUGUGCAGAAAUGAUUUGUGUUGUAGAGAUGGUUGUAUGGCUGUUGUUUUUCUUUGUAUUUUUGCUGGAGCUGGUAAAGGUAAAGAUGUUUCUAGUCAUGUAUUUAUUUUUUUAUUUACCCCAUGCCAUUCUGUAGCCAAGUAAAACUCAAAUAUUUAAGCGUUUAAGAGAAGCCAAAAUUGAUACUAUGCUUGGAGCCUAGAUUCGAAAAUUGUUUUGUCAUCUACACAUAAUUUUUAUAUCUAUGAUGUGAAAUGGUAUAGUUUUGAUGUUCCUCAAAUGUUGACAGUGCCACUCCGUGAAUUACUACUGAUUUUUGUUAAUUACUUUGUGUUAAGAGUACAUUACUCGUGUAUGACAGAAUCUAAUUUUGUUAAAAAAAAAUAGAAUGGCCUAACGAUUAGGCCUGCCCAACAGUAGUGAAUAUAUCCUUCAAACUUGAGUCGGGUUACUCUUUUAAUAAUGUUUAUCGUAAUUAUUUUCUUUUCUUCUUUUAACUAGACCAGACAUCAAGGGUCAAUUUUGUAUCUCUAUGUGUUAUAUUAUAAGAAAUGCUAAUAUAAUUAUUUAAUGGUAUUUUAUAGGAAAAUCCUCAAUCCUAAAAUUACUUUUGUGAUUAGUUUGUUGGUAUAUGGGUCCUAGAGACAUUCUUUUCGAGGACAUAUAUACAUGAUUACAUUAGUAUUGUAUUAGAUUAUAAUUAUGGUAGUGCAAUUAAUUAAACAAUUAUUUGAUUGUUUGUAAUUUAUUAAUUAAUGUCUCCCUUGAGUUAAUACGGUCAUUAACAGAGUGAGAUGUUAA